AUGGGCGAUCUUGCGUUUAUACCCGACGGCUUGAAGGUGAUUUCCGCAACACGUCCCUUCGGCGCUCGAACGCUGCACAUACAUCCACGCUUAUCGCCGUUUCGGGACAUCAGUUUUGGACCAAACGCCGGCCAAAUCAUCCAGCGCUGGAGUCUGCACGACAAGAUACGGGAACGCUGCCGACAUGUCGACAAACUCGUCCUACACGACUACCUCGGCGAGAUCGUGCGCGAGCAGCCCCUGCCACUACCCCUUUGGAGCGCGUGGGGGUAUGACGGACACCACGCGGAGAUGCAACGGGUCAUCUACGAGUACGCGGUCUCGCUCGGCAUCGACGUUCGGUUCGGCCACACUGUGCAGGAGUACUACGAGGAUGAAGCGGGUAGGAAGGCUGGGGUGAGAGUGGAAUCGAAGGGGGAAGUGACAAGUAUGGAAGCGGACUUGGUUGUUGCGGCGGACGGGGUGAAGAGUAAGGCAAGGAAAUAUAUUCUUGGUUACGACGACAAGCCGCGAUCAUCAGGCUAUGCUGUCUACCGCGCGUGGUUCAACGGGCAGGAGCAGGGCGUCGACACGGAUCCGCUGACGGACUACCUCACCAAGGGCGAGGACGCAUUCUUUGGCUGGAUAGGCAGGGACGUGCAGUUCCUCGCGUCCUCAGCCAGGAAGGAAAUCUCGUGGGUUAUCACGUUGCUUCGCAUCCGCAUCUUGUCCGUAUCUCUCUUCUUCCCUUCCCCUAUCUCCUUCUCACCCCCUCUCUCUCUUCAUCUCUCCAUCGCCAUUUCUGGCACAACACGCGUUCUUGAAUCAUAUCGAUGCUGACGGUAUGUCUGCGGGAACAAUUUCGAAGAAACAAACAACUGAUCCUAGAUGGACGAUGUAAU